GGGACAGAUGUGCGAUUCGCUCAUAAAAGGACCACCACCUCCAAAGGUCUACAUCGGGAUAACGCUCCUCUCAUUCUCUAGCAAUUUGCAGAUCUGCUCGUUGGUUUUCCCGUGCAACCAUGUCGGAAGGGAUCCUACACUGCCAGCUUUUCGUGCUGCUCAUCACUGCUGCCCUCCUCAUUGAGACCGGCCAGUCGCAGACACCCGUCGCCAAGAAUGUGACAGCCGUGGAGGGCGAACGCGUCUUGCUGAGCUGCUCGGUGGAAAACAGCGAUGGCUCGCCCAUCCAGUGGGCCAACUCGGCACAGCAAACGCUGUUCUUCGACGAAAAGAAAGCCCUCAAGGACACGCGGAUAGAGCUGGUUGAACGAGCGGACACGGUGUUGACCAUCUCCAUCAACAACGCCACCCUUACUGACGAGGGCAUCUACGUGUGCUCCCUGUUCACCAAGCCGGUCAAGACUGUGUCCACCACCCUCACGGUGCUGGCUGCACCGAAACAGCCAGUUAUUACGGGAUAUGAUGGAGUCCUAAUGGAAGGAGACACCAUCCAGCUCACCUGUCAAUCAACUGGAAGCAAACCGGCUGCCAACAUACGCUGGUUUAAGGGAAAUCAGGAGCUCAAAGGUCAGAGGCGUGAAAAAAAGGACAGCAACAAGAAAACGUUCACCGUGAUCAGCACCGUGAACAUCACAGUGGAGUGGGUAGACAACAUGACUCCAGUGAGAUGCCAGAUGGACCACCCUGCCUUGAGGACAACUCCGCUGCAGACUUCACAGGAUCUCCACGUUCAAUAUAAACCAAGACUGGUCAUAACACCCUCCAGCGAUAUAUUUGAAGAAGGCGACACAAUGGAAUUAAGUUGUAUUGCCACAGGAAACCCCAACCCAAGCUCCAUUCAGUGGGCGAGGAGAGAUGGAGAGAUGCCCGAUCGAGCCAGGAUUUUGGGGAACAAACUGGUAAUCACCGCUCUCAACAAAACGGACAACGGGACAUACAAGUGCGAAGGUUUCAACAACAUUGGCCAUUCUGCGGAGGAGUACACUCUAUACGUGCGCGAUCAAGCAACAUUCGCAGCCCAGAUUGGGACAGACCAAGCAGUGAUUGGAGGUGUAGUGGCAGUUGUUCUCUUCAUCACUCUCUGCCUCCUCAUCGUUCUAACGCACUACUUUGGAAGACAGAAAGGAACCUACUUCACCCAUGAGGCCAAGGGAGCUGAGGAUGCACCAGAUGCAGACACUGCCAUCCUCAACGCUGAAGGUGGUCACAGUCACCCGGAAGAGAAGAAAGAAUAUUUUCUGUGAGGACCCUUUGGGGUGUGGGUGUGUGUGUGUCUGUCUGUGUGCGUGUGUGUGUGUGCGCGCGUGUAAGUUUGUUUGAGAGCGAAAGCUAUGAAAACAUCCCGAUAAAAAACAACUUUCCUCUUUUAACGUUCCCUAGCCGAUUGCGAGUUUUUAUUGUUUGAUUCGCAGCUGUUUUAUUAUUAUUAUUGUUAUUAAUAUUGUCACUGUAAUUAACGCUUCCUGCGGGGGUUUUCUCUUUCAUUUUAAUAGCCAGCAUUUUGCUCACAACCUUAGUCAAGAACCAAAAUUGUGAGAAUUAUCCAUAAUGCUUAAAGUAAUAUAUUAUGUUGCAUAGCUUGCUUGUAAUUUUUUUCGUUUACAAGCAUUAAGGGUUUUUACGAGUCAUAUAUGGCCAAAAACGCUUUGAUGUUAGUUGGAUUCUGAUGGAUGUUUGUCUUAUGAUUUUGUAUCGUAUAUAUAAUUUUAGUGCAUUUGUAUGAUUGUGAAAAGAGUGAGCAGCAUUUCCAUGUGAAAAGGAGGACUUUUUUGCUUAAAUUCUUCGUGAUAAAUUGUGCACACACACAUACACACCAAACACCUUCACGCUGAAUUUCAGUUGUAUCUUUGCGAGCAGCAAAGGACUAUAUCGUGGCUUUUCUUUAACCCUAGUAAAACCAGCUUUGUACAGUACGUUAUUACAGAGUGUUGUGGUAAUAAUUUUUGUAUUCGUAGCCUCAAAAUGUAAAAUAAACUGCUAUUUAAAAAAAUAGAUCACAAUACAUUGUUAAUACAUUGUGAAAUGGUUAUCUCAACCUUCCUGCAAAAAGCCACCAGAAUGUGUAAAACAGUUGCAGUAUAUUUAUAUUUAUUUAAGGUUAAUUAGGCAAAAUGGCACUGAAAUAUAAUGUUGCUUUCUUAAGCAACGUCAAUUACAUAUACCAUAUGAGCAUUACUGCUUUUUGGCGACGUUAUAGUUCAAUAAAUUUAAUUGCUUAAGUUAUUUACACGAGAAAAGCCUCACUGAGUCUCGACUCAUUUUCAGGAGGGCCUUGCCUUAGGAUGCUUGGCUUUCCCGCUUUCCCAUGUGUGAACGAACCAUGUACGUGUGCAUGUGAGAGGGAACCAGAGUGCCCCAGAGAAACCCCCACAUACACACGAGCUAACAUUACUGAAACUGUGUACAAAACACAGUUGAACAACCUACUCGCUAUACUGCUUCAAAAUAGCCCCUCAUUGGCUGAGUGAGCACGCACACGGAACAUUCUGCUCGAUAUGCCAAUGUGGCCUGCAAGGUCGCUGGAUUGCAGACACGUGCAGCCACAAUGUGCAACUGCAGUGCCCUGUUUAGAUGUAGGAAUCUGCAAAGUUAUGUGACCUGCUCCUACAAAUUGACGUCGCAGGGUUCAGAUUACAGAACGCUGUGUGCUUAUUAAAGUCGUGGAAAACUGAUGCGUGGUGAGUGUGAUGCGUAAUUGUGAAGUCACACAAACAACUAUAACACUCGGAAAGGUCCUCUGUGUGAUCUUUCCAACAAAGUUAACGAUUGUGGGUCGUUUUUUUAAGUUAAUAAAAUGAGAAACAUUACAGAUAGUGAUUAAAAACACCUCAAAAUUGUAAGAGUUGUUGUGGAAAAUUAGUUCCCAUUACUAAAUGGAAUACAACAUGAAAUAUUCGUUUCCAAUUAAAGGCGAAAUGAGAGUAAUCCAGUAACACUAAACUUAAUACAUUUUUCAACAACACUUGACUUGAAGGGACACAAACGUAAUAGGUGCUGUUUUGGGCAUUGGCAGUGCAUAAUGGGUGCCCUAUGAAGAAGGGCCAUUGACUGAAAUGUUGCCUAUUAUGGAUAUAUAUUUCCUGAUAAGGCCACAGUUGUUACUGACGAAUGUGUUGUAUGUUUUGUUAUUUGUGCUUGUGCACCACUCUGCCAAUGCAGUACUACCAAAUAAUCGUUUAAUUCCGUAACAAUAGAUUUGCAUAGACAUGUAUGUGUAUUUAUGCUGGGCGAUAUUUACAGUAUUGUACAAUGCAUCACAGCUGCAUAACAAAAGUUUAUCUUUUGGUUCUGGAAAACAAAAGCAUCUUCUCUGACCUCUUGAACAAAAAUGAGAGAUUAUACAACGAAUAGAAAUAAUAUAUACAAUAUUUACACAGAUAUGUUGCUUUAUGUAUAAUAUAUAGCUAUAGUACUUACCCCUAAACAUAUAAGAUGGUAUAUUAUUAUUUAAAUCUAGAUGCAUUUAACAUUUAGUACAUAUAUCUUAGUCAGCCUACAAACAACCCACCAAAGCAAAGUCCAUUCAUAAUUCACGGUGCAUUAUGAGCUCAGGCAAAAUGAAAAAAAAAUGUAUAAAAAUUUCAAAGAUAUUAGCACAAACCCACAGAACAUCUUUAUAUAUAACAUUCCUUUUCUUCCUUUGUCAACCCUUCAUGAAGACCUUAUGCCUGGGUCGUUCAGCAUGAAAUGACGACUUGGUCCAGAAUUUUCUAAUUCAGGGACAAAGUCAGACAGGCGUGAUAUUGGUAGCUGCACCAGGCCCUGCCUAGCAGUGCAUUGAUUCAAUUAUAAUUCUUCCACAAUUCUGCCCGUAGCAUUACUGGAAACACUGGUGGGCAGAGCGAGCCACAGAGAGCUGCACACAUCUCCCCUUGUGUCGCUUCGCCGAGUGUAAAGCCAGGAACCUGUAGCUGCUUGUGCUCUCUGUCGCAAAAAGUCAUCACGAUUUCAUAGCUCAAAUGAGCAUUGUGGAGGUGCUCAUGUCCUGUUUACAGCCCUGAGCCAGUAGGGGAAAUUCCACAUUCCCAUGGUUGAGGGCGAGUCUGUCCAUAGGACCACCACGGUUGACUUCCCAACACAAUUGUAAUCAUUUUAUUAACCCCAGAGGGAUGAAGGGCUGAGUCAACCCCCAGCCAGGAAUUAAACUCGUAAUCUUUCGAUCGCGAGUCGCCAGCCACUUGGCUGGCAAACGUUGAUGAUCGAAGUGCACUCUUCCACAGUGAGAGUGUGAAGCCCCAAUGUCUCGUGAAAUAAUAGUGAAGGUUGUUUAAGAUGCCAUGGCAAAACUUUCUAUAGCGUGUUUGUGUUAUCUUUAUGUUUAGAAUGCCACACAGCAGGUGGCUCCGGUGAUUUAACUGCCAACGCUGAGCAAAGUGACUCAGCAGAGAAUGUGCUGAUAAAUUAGACCAACCCACCCACUUAAAAAUGCAUACACUUAUUGACCGUGCAUAUAUACUGUUAUACACAGGGCUUAAUUUCACAUUUCAUUUAUUUUGAAACACUGUUGGGCUGGCUUGGAGUAGGGAUUAUUGGCAUAAGGCACUGCAAUUCGAGUACAAGGCAUGCCUAUCCAUAAUAAUCCUAUAUUAUAGUGGUCUGUAUUCCUACAAUCCUAUGAAGAGGUUUAGGAAACAAUUAGGCAAUGGACAUGGGAUGCGAAAAUUCCACCUAAAAUUAAGCGAUGCUCAGAAAUAAGUGUUCAAUACCGAGCACGUUAAUAGGUCAAAGUUUGAGACAGUGGGUUGAACAACGGAAGUUUUAAAAUAAAAUAAAAUGCUUACAACAAAUAUUUACCGCAAUAUGUCAUAUUUCACGAAGCCAUAUCAAAUAAGUAUAUUUAAAUCAUGAAUUGUAUUGUUUCAUUCAGUUACAUCAUGAUAUGGCAGUGAACAUUUCUGCAUGGUGAAGAUUACAUACACUGAGCGUACACUGUCUGGUGAACUGGUCUACAAUGUCUAUUUUGUGAUUAAAGACAAUUCAAAUAAUACUUUUAAAAAGUCAAUAUUCUGACUAAUGGGUAAAGUGACUAUCUUUAUUUUAAGCUUUCGUGACUGCAUGAAUCCAUACUCUUUGGUUCUUUCGGUGAAGUCACGUGGGUAAAAAAAAUAAUAGAUCACGACGUUUCGAUCGCAACGCAAGCAAUCGUCAUCAUUGUCGUCAUCAGGCGAUCGCUUGCGUUGCGAUCAAAACGUCGUGAUCUAUUAUUAUUUUCUACCUAGGUGACUUUACCGAAAGAACCAAAGAGUAGGGUAAAGUGACUGUUGAAAGCAAAUGAGCUAAAAUGAUGAUUGCCUACUACACAGCCCUCUUAUAUGCUAAUUGGUAUAAUUUCAGCCCAUAAUGGACAGAUGGUCAUUUUGUUUCCAAACCGUGCUUAUUGUACCAUUAUACACGCAAAUACAAACGUGUGUGAACAAGACUGAAUGCAUACAGUCGUCUUACCCAUGCACCUAUGUACUUUUACAUGUACAUUAAAUAAGUUGUAAUUUUCCUAAUACAGUAAAAGCUAUUUGUGUGGUUCUUGCUAAUCAAAACCUGUGUUAUGCUUAAUUACAUAGCGGCUGUGUCUGAAGUCCAAUAUGCGUAUCCAAGCACAUCCUACAGACCUUGCAUAUUGUGGAGAUAUGUUCAAUUUAUUAUCAUGCACUGGCUGAUGAAUAUCAAUUGAGAUCACUGGCAGUCUGUCUCUGAUUUUGAAUGAUUUUACUUCACAGCUGUAGCUAUACUGAAUAAUUACUCACUUUUCUCCAAAAAUGCCCCCAAACAUCAUUCAUACCAAUGGAGGCAUUGAUGUUGGACUUACAAAACAAAGAACAAAAUAAAUCUAAUUACAUCUAUUAAACAAGUAUGGGAAUAAAUAACAUAAGGUAAUAAUAAAAAAAAUAUUGACAUCAAGUAUAAUGUUUAUAUUUUUCUACAUUAAUUUGAUUGCAUUGAAAGUAUUGAAUACCUAAUGUAAGCUACGGGGAACACAAAUCAAGUGGAUGUUUUAGUGGGUGUAAGCAAUUUUUAUUGUAAAGAGUUAUGCUUACACAAUAGCAUUGUAGUAACCCUAAAUAUGUGGAGAGUUGUGUAUAUUAAAAUGAGGUAUAAAGUAUGGUUGUGGUUUUUGUACAGUAAGCAGUGGUACAUUUUGUUAGUCCUGUGUUAACAAUGGCGAAAAAAAAUCUUUCAAUGUGGAUUAUUACACACACACUUGUUUUGGUUAUCUAUGAGUUUAUAAGCCGGUAGAAAUUAUUAUUCCAAACUCUUUGCUUUUGUCACUGAUGACACAACGUGUAACCGUGGUGUGUUUUUUUGCAUUAGAAUGCAGGGCCAGCAGCUUUUAUCAAGGCUCUGCACAGGUCUUAAAAUAUUUAAAACAAGAAACAUGUUUUCUCUUUGCUUAAAAAGUAUGUGUGCAUAAAACAAAUUUUGUUUUUGUAUGUGUAAGUUUUAU